AAAACAUUGUGAAACAAGUCUGAUAUGAAUUAAUCUAGUUGGUGAAGCUGACUUUUUUCCCGAUCACAGCAAUCCUAAAACUGGAGCAGACGGGGAUCGAAUGACCAGCCUCGCAAUUAGUGGAUGACCUCAUCUAUCUCUUGAAGUAUAGCCACCCACUGAGUUUGAAGUAUGGAUCAGAUCCCCAUUCAAGAAUAUCAGGGUGCGAAGAUGCUUCCAAGGAAACCAUUAGUUUUCUUUGUCUUGCUGUGCGUCACUACCAUUGGAGUUUUUUCUAGAGCUUCAUGGAUUUUAACUGUGUACCAGGAUUCCUUCUUCCCUCAGAAUGGAAGUGUUUGUGCCUGCAACAAAUGUUUAAUGGAAUAUGACCAAUGGCUUAGUGAACGUACGAAAGAAUCUCCUGAGCCAUUUUUAUCACCCACAAACAAUAUCUCAGAGGAUACAUUUAACUGGUGGAAGCGCAUACAGUAUGACAGACGCAACUUCGCUUUCUACAAUAAAAUAGUGGACAAGGUGUUUCAGAUCUUCCCAACCAAAGUCAAUUUUACAAGAUCCAGCCCUGACCUUUGCAGGACUUGUGCUGUGGUUGGGAAUUCUGGCAAUCUCAAUGGAUCACAUUAUGGACCACUGAUAGACUUUCAUGAUAUUGUCAUAAGAAUAAACCGUGCCCCUACAAAAGGCUUUGAAAGAGAUGUUGGAAACAAAACAACAUACCAUGUGAUGUACCCACACAGUUAUAGAAAUUUGGACAACACCACUCAUCUUUUGUUUUUUCCAUUCAAAAUCUAUGAUUUACAGUGGUUAAUCCGGUUCUUUACUCAAAGGCAAGAAGAAACUGCUAAAUCGGGUUUAAACUCUAACAAGGAUUUGGUGAUGAUCCUUAGUCCAGCUUUCAUGAAAUAUGUCCAUCAGGUCUGGCUAAAACAGAAGGGCAGGUAUCCAUCCACUGGCUUUAUUACUUUGGUCCUAAGCCUGCACAUGUGUGAUGAGGUUAGUGUGUUUGGAUUUGGAGCAGACAAGAAUGGAAACUGGAACCAUUACUAUGAGCCAUUAAGAAACAAGCGUCUGCGAACUGGACAACAUCCCGGAAAGCUGGAAUAUCAGUUCAUUGUGAAACUUCACGAGCAACAGAAAAUAAAUUUUUUCAGAGGAUGGUAAUCGUUCCUCUUUUUUGUCUCUCUCAGGAGCAUUAAUUUAAGCAGUCCUCAAAACUUUAGAAUUAAAAUACUUUAG